AUGCUCGACUGCGGCGUGUGCUGGGUGUUGAUCGCGAUCGGCGCCUGGGUCGUCUACAAAGUGUUCAAGAGUGGUUUGCUCUCGAAAACACAGGUGUCAACAACCGAUAAGCCGGCGUUGAUCUCAAAACCACUCGUCGUCUAUUACAAACAUCAAAUUGGUCAUUACAAGCAAUCAUGCGCUUUGAUGAAAGAAGCUCGAUCACUUCUUCCAUCCGGGGCUACAACUUUUGGAAUCUACUACGAUGAUCCUGAUGAGGUUGCCGAGCAUCUUCUCCAGUCGGCCGUUGGUGUGGUGUUUGCAGUGGAUGGCGAGAAUCGAUACGAACAGAAUUACGCGGAGCAAUUGACCAGGCACGGCUACGAAAAGAUGAGCCUCCCAGCUGUUUCCAAAGCCGUUCAAGCCACUCAACCGUUCGACGGAUUCCUUUCAAUUAUCGCGCUCGUCAACAACACCUACGCGGCAAUCAAAGAGUACAUCAAGGAAACCCGUAUCGAGACCUCGGUCGUUCUCGAGUUCUACACGGACAGCCAAGUAAAUGUCGUUCUUCCGUUGGAUCACGAAAAGGAGUUCUUCGUUCCCGAGUACAUGAGCACGGAGGCUCUUGAGUCAAAGAUGGCCCGGAAGAAGUUCGACUCGGAUGAGAGUGACAGCGAGAGCGAGCCCGACGGUGAGGAGGAUCCCGAAGACGAAGAAGGAGAUGAAGAAAAGAAAGAUCAA